AUGGUGCAACGUCAGUCAUUCAACGAUUUUCUCAAUUCCGGCUCACCCUCAACUCCUCGCGGGCGAGGAAGAGGUGGGUUCAGAGGUGGUGGAGGUAGAGGUGGAAGAGGUGGUGGAUUCACUCCUGGAAGUACAAAGAAAAGCUUCAACGCGGACUAUUCCAAUAUGGGCUUUGACUAUGAAAAGAUCAACAGUCAGAAGUACACCAAGAUGGAAGGUUUCAACGUCCAACCUUUCGGACCUUCAUCCUCUGUCUCCCCAGGCCCAUCUACUGCUCGAGGUAGAGGUAGCCAGACACCGCGAGGUAGAGGACGAGGCUUCUCUUCGCACCACAGGGGUGGUCACCAACAACCUGCUACACCUUCGGGAGUAGCUACUCCAGUUCACGGGCUAGGGUUUCACGAUCACGAAUCUGAUACGAGAACCAAAGGCGAUCAUCGAGGCUUGGGAUCAGGAAAAUCGACAGUUGGGAAAGGUCUGGGCACUGGAACGGUAACAUGGGGAGGAGGAAAAGCACCCUUGUUCGUGAAAGCUGGAGAACUCUUUAAAAAUGGUGAAGCUGAUGUGAUCACCAUGGGAGAAGAUCACAAGCUGCAUGUUGAAGUUUAUCCCAUGUCCGACCCAUCCGCUCCUCAGAUGACCCAUCUUCAAGAUGAGACAGAAAUCGAUUUUAUCCAGCAGCCUUCGCCAUUAUCACCUCCGACAUCCUCACCUCCGUCAUCAUUGAACGACGAAUCACCUCUCACUGUUCAAGGAGAAGAAGGUUUACACAAUUACCAAGAUGAAGCCCUCGAAGAACUACUCAGCUCGGCAACUCGUUCGCUCGCCGUAGACAACGAUCCCGCGUCACAUGGAAUUCCGAUCUCGCAAAACCCUUCUAUCCCUGUGGCGCAUAUCGACGAAUACUCAGAGACGAUCGCAAUCAAAUCUACCUCGCCGGAGCGUGAAGAUGUUAUCGUCAUCGAAGAGACUGAGGUUAUAGUACCUAUGGCAGAAGGAGGUCCGAUCGACGCAGUCGAAAGCAAAUCGGUGGAGGAUGAAACUCCGCUUUUCUUCAUCGAUACCAAUCCUGAGGCUGAUGAUGAAACACCACCUAUACCCACUUACGAUAUUAUCGAGAGUCGUCCACUUGGGGAACAGACAACUCAUGUCCAGGCAGAAGAAUCAGAAGAGGAAAAGAUCCUAUUCGUCCCCAAAACAUACAAAAAGCCUGCACCGAUCUUUAUCGAUAUUGGCGCAUCAUCCCAUUCCCAACACAGAUCGCCUGCUCCUGAGAUCGUCAGUCGCGCUUUCGUGAAUCCCCAGGCACUUUCACGGGCAGAGAAGAAAGCUGCGAAGAGGGAGAAACGACGUGGAAGAGGCAAGAAGUCGCGUCAAAGGAAGCAGGAUAAGAUGCCUAGGGAAGAUUCCGAUAUCGAAUGGGGAAGUGAUGGACCCCCUGUCAACAUCAUUGAUGUGCAAGGUGGGGAGAGUGAUUCAUUCGUUGAUCCCGAAGACGCCGAGAACGAGGAGGAUGAAGAUAUCAAGCUAUUGAGAGAUUAUAUGAAAGGCACGAUGUUGAACGCUGAAACUGAUAUGGACGAACAGGAAGGAGAGGUAGAGAUGAAAGUACGGGAAGAGGAAUUGGAUGCUCAAGAUGACGAAGAUGCUGAAGAAAUGGAUAUAGAAGCUAUGAAAAUGUUUGGUCAAGGAAUCAAGGGCUUAACGGAAGGUGGACAAGAGAUAGUGGAUGAGGACGAUUGGCAGUCUGAUGAUUCGCGAGAGGCGUUCGAGGAAGAGGAGGAAGAAGACGACGACGAUGACGAUGAAGACGAUUCAUCCGUGCUCGGCGAAAUUGACAUAGAAGGAAUGAUGGACGACGACAGUGAGGAUGAGGACGUAGAAGCUCUUUUCAAUGGUUCUUCUCAAUGGGAUAAGGACACGGACUGGUUUAUCAAUGCCAUGGAAGAUGCUCUCGACGGCACCGAUGUCAACAUGAAAGAUCGUAAAAGCCGAAAUUCCUUGUUCAAGUCUAUCGAGGAUGGAGACUUUGGGGAUAAUUGGGGACUUACACCCGCGAAGAAAAGUAAGAAGAACAAGUUCGUUCCUCCAGAGCUCCAGGUCCAGUGGGAGAAGGACCGAUUGGUCAAGGCUGAGAAGAAGCAACAGCGAGAGCUUGAACGACUUAUUGCCGAGAUCGAACCUACGCUCGCUGGCUAUUCCAGAAAGGGCAAAGCUAAAGCCAAAGGCAAAGGAAAGGCUCAUCAAGCUGCCGUCGCUCAUCUUAUUCCCGCAUCGGCUUCACAAGUGGCUGAUUUAUUCGAUAUCUCCUCCGAUGAAGAGGGAGACUUCCCUCUGCCUUUAUUCCGAAAGGGUGGUCGAAUCCCCACUAGCAUGCCUCUCGAGAUGGUAGACGAGAGGAUUCAAAUUUUCUUAGAUGAUAGAGGCAAAACUACGCUUCAACUUCCACCGAUGGGCAAAGACGAUCGAAAGAAGGUUCAUAUGUUGGCUGAUUGCUACAACCUUGGAUCCAAAUCCAGAGGUAGUGGUAAAACCAGAUUCACCGUCCUCACGAAAAACAAGCGAUCUGGUACACUUGUCGAUGAGAUCAAGAUUGAAAGACUGUUAACGGCCUCUCAGAAAGUCGGAGGUAGCUUCUACAAAGCUCUGUACACACGAGGUGGUAAAGCGAAAGUCAAGGGUCAGUCAUCGGGGCCUUCAAUCCGCCACAAAGAAGGUGAUAUGGUCGGUCACGGGGCGGAUAAGAUCGGCCAGGACAAUAUCGGACAUAGACUGUUGAGCAAGAUGGGUUGGGCAGAAGGUGACAGGAUCGGUAGAGGAGCGGGACUGGAAGCACCUAUCGUCGCCAUAGUAAAAAAUACCAAGACUGGUCUUGGAGCUUGA